CGUUGAAGUUCAGAAAGAGCGCCUUCGUUUUCGGCGUGCAAAGUGCCAUGGAAAUGCGCUGCUUGGUCAGCAUCUCCUUUUGUCUUGGGGCCGCAGCGCUGCUGAACCGCAGCGAUUUCGCCGUGACAAAGGUCGGCUCCGAGGUCUCCGAGGUCUCACCCAAUCUCCAGGUUUCCGUUUCCGUGGGAUCCGGAGAUCCGGCGGUGGCACUGAGCGAGAUCUUGAUGGCCUCGCUGCGGGCAAUGGGCGUGACGGGGACCAUCAUCGUCGUGGGGAUCCUGGCGGCGCGGUGGGGAAUUGUGGGCAAGAACGCUAGCAGCGUGCUAUCAGCGGUGUCCGCCAACUUGGCUAUCCCAGCACUUCUUUUCUCCAGGAUCAUUUACUGCGAUCAAUGCAACCAGGGCCGGCACUGCCCCGAAUGUGCCCCCUUCAGUCGCACCAUUGCAUCCAGCUGGAUUUUGAUGGUGUUGCCUCUGAUCGUGGUAGGCUUUGGCCUGGCCCUAGGCAAGGCGGCUGCGGUGGUGACCAGGGCCCCCGCGGGCUUUGCCCGGGGCACCGUUUGCGCCAUCGCCUUUGGAAGUUCCACAAGUCUACCAAUCGUGCUUUUGUCAGUAGUCACAGAGACGUUGAACAACGUUGGCAGCAAGGCCAUGGGCAAAAUGGACCCCCUUCUGCACCUGCCAGUCUACCUGAUUCUUUACCCUGUGCUCAUGUUCAGUAUUGGGAACUGGCUGCUGAGAGACCCUGAUGCCGCUGAAGACUGCGAGUCGUUGGUUCCUGUUGAGGAGCGCAGGCGGAGCUCGCUCCGGUCGGCCCUGAGGCAUGCCCUCGAGCCUCCGGUGCUGGCUUCAAUCGCAGGGUUGUUGGUGGGCCUGACUCCAGUUAGAGCCUUGCUGGUGGAUGUGUACGACCAGGACAACAACGCGUGGCUGGAGUGGCUUUACAAUGGCAUCUAUGAGCUGGGAAACGCCGCGGUGCCGUUGAACUUGCUGAUUCUGGGCUGCUCUCUCUCCAAGGGGGCGGAUUUUGAGGCCCUGCCGCCACGGCUGGGUGUGGUGAUCGUGCUUUGCAAGUUGGUGUUGAUGCCACUCAUCAUGACAGCAGUGAUUUACGGCCUGAUCCGUCUGGUGAACACCAAAGAUACAUCCCUUUGGUUGGUCGCGCUCCUUGUCACUUGCAUGCCCACCGCGAACAAUGUGGCCGUCAUGGCCCAAACAGGAGGCCAAAGCAAGGAAGGCAUGGCCACUGCCAUUUUCCUACAAUACAUGGUCGCCCCUGUUAGUGUUUCACUGUGGCUGGCAGGCUUUCUCUUUCUUUUGUCAAGCGAUGGAUUUCUUCCAACGGCAUAAUGCUGGUACGCAACACUGAUUGCUUCGUCUGCAGUGAGGGUUUCACCCUUGCGCAAAAUAGGU